AUGCCUCCCAAGAAAGCAACCGGCGCGUCCAAGAAGGCCGCCCCAACGGCUCACUCUUCUUACCGUGAUAUGAUCAAGGAUGCCAUUGUCAACCUCAAGGAGCGCAAUGGUAGCAGCCGCCAGGCCAUCAAGAAGUAUGUGACGGCGAACAACAAGCUCAACGUCGCGUCGCAGGCCACUUUCGAUGCCCAGUUCAACAAGGCCAUCAAGGCCGGUGUUGAGAAGGGCGAGUUCACCCAGCCCAAGGGUCCCUCGGGUCCCGUGAAGCUGGCGAAGAAGGACACCGCCGCCAAGCCGGCCGCGAAGCCUGCUGCGAAGGCCACUGCUAAGUCGACCACCAAGACUACUGCCAAGAAGCCUGCUGCCAAGGCCACCGCCACUAAGAAGGCUGCUCCCAAGAAGGCCACCGCGGCCAAGGCCGGCACUAAGAAGACGACCACCAAGAAGACCACCGCCAGCAAGCCCAAGGCCAAGGCCAACACUGGCAAGGCGCGCAAGACCUCUACUGCCGCUCCCGCCGUCGUCGAGCAGCCCAAGGUCAUCGGCAAGACCAAGUCCGGCCGCGUGACCAAGACCACCGCUCCGGCGCCCUCGCGCGCGCGGGCCGCGCCCAAGAAGCGAACCACCAAGAAAUAG